GCUCUUUUGUUUCUAUGAAACUCAGAAUCAAACCACACGGGCCAAAUUGCUGAACCUCACCGCUGGCAAGUUUCUCGAGCUCCCUCUUCGGGCCCCGCACGUGCGCUAUCUCCGGCUUCAAUAGAAAUCGUCUAAAGCGGCCGUUUAUCUUCUAUUUACCAUGUGCACGUCUCACGACGUAGAUCAGAAAUGGCGCACGCUCGUCGAGUGCUACUUACGCGAACGCGACUCUCUCCAAAAGACCUCUUUUUCCGUUCUGAUAGAAGAAUAUCGGAACCUUCUCCAGAGGGAGUCUUCGCUGAAGACCGAAAUCCUGAAGCUGUCCCAGUCCCUGGAAAAACUUCGAUCCAGCACCGGUGAUCAGCCAAAAUCAUCCCAAGGACCCUACGCAGAGGGAAGUGACUUAAAGCAAGAGCUGGUGGAGGCAUAUAAGAAAGUAGCUAGUCUGCAGAGCGAUCUGAGAGAAUCCGAGCGCGACCGGAACAUUUUGUGUGAAAGAAUCAAUGCCAAUUUUCAGGAAUUGGAACAAUUGAAAAAAAAACUAAGAGAGGCCGAUGAGGAACUCAAACGUACUUCAAAACAGUUGAAGUCUACAGAAUCUGAGUUCGAGAGCCACCGAAAAUCCCUUGAGAAGGCAGAGGAGAGUCUGCGUACGCUUCAGCUGGAAAGAAAUGAGUUACUCGGUCAGUUGAUGUCAAAAUCUAAUCAAAAUGUCGAAUUGGCAAAUAAAAAUCUCGAACUUCAACGGCGUUUGAAUCUGGAAAUUCUUCGAGGAUCUCAAUCUCCUACGCCUUCUGAAUCAUCUUCUCCGACCAUUCAGAAUGUCGCCGACAAAAGCUGUCCCCCUAGCGCUGUCAAACAUUCGAUUUCUGGACAAGGGGAACUCUUUUCAGUGGCUUUUAACAACUCUGGGCAGAAAUUCUUAUCGGCCGGAGCAGAAAAAAACAUCAACCUAUGGGACACUGUCAGUGGAUCUUUCAAGGCGUCUUUAAUUGGCGCUACCCAGACGGUUAUGUCCGCAACAUUCUCCAGCGAUGAUCAGCUCGUUCUGGGCUGCAGCAAUGACCACUCAUCCAGAGUGUGGGAUUGUCGUCUUCUAAGGCUCCGUCACACUCUUAACGGACACUCUGGUAAUGUCUUCACUGGUACCUUCACCACCGACUCCCAUAAGGCAGUUACAGGUUCAUACGAUCGCACAAUCAAGAUUUGGGACCUUAUUCGAGGGUACAAUCUUCGCACGCUUUUUAGCUUCUCUUUCUGUAACACACUGUGUCUUAGCUCAGAUGGAUUUACUAUAUGUUCUGGACACUACGAUAGUCGAAUAAGAGUAUGGGACAUCAAAAACGGGGAGAUGGUGUGUGAGCUCUCUAAAAUCCACGACUCUCAGAUCACCUCUAUCACCUUCGUUCCGGAAUCGAACGGCACCACCGUGCUCACCAAUUCGAGAGACAACACGCUGAAACUAGUGGAUAUCAGCAUGCAGAAGGUGAUACACGUGUACCAGCAUGAUCAGUAUAAAACGGGCGUUAGCUGGGCAAAAGCCUGUUGUUCUCCAGAUGGAAACUACGUUGCCUCCGGUUCGGCUAACGGAAAUAUUUUUGUAUGGCACACGAAAACAGAAAAAUUGCACUCGAUAUUAAAGAAGCAUGAAAAUGCGGUCACGUGCGUCUCAUGGAACCCAAAAGAUAUGAGCUCAAUAGUAUCAUGCGAUCGAUCGGGCGUGAUCCACGUGUGGAAUUAAAAUCAGAUUCU